AUGUUUGCUGUGCCCCGUGUUUUCAGCCGUUUUGCCAGGCCGGUAACCAGAGGGUUUACCAGUUCUGCCAUACGCUCGUACGCUGCUGCUUUCGAUCGUUCUAAACCACAUUUGAACAUUGGUACCAUUGGCCAUGUCGAUCACGGUAAGACUACUCUAACCGCUGCCAUCACCAAGACCCUAGCCGUGAAGGGUGGUGCUGACUUUUUGGACUACGCUGCCAUCGACAAAGCCCCUGAGGAAAGAGCCCGUGGUAUUACUAUCUCCACUGCCCAUGUUGAAUACGAAACGUCCAAAAGACACUACUCCCAUGUUGACUGUCCUGGUCACGCCGAUUAUAUCAAAAAUAUGAUCACCGGUGCCGCCCAAAUGGACGGUGCCAUCAUUGUCGUUGCUGCCACUGAUGGUCAAAUGCCUCAGACUAGAGAGCAUUUGCUAUUGGCCAGACAAGUUGGUGUCCAAGACAUCGUUGUUUUUGUCAACAAAGUGGACACCGUUGAGGACGAGGAAAUGUUGGAGUUGGUUGAAAUGGAAAUGAGAGAGCUGUUGACCCAGUACGGUUUUGAUGGUGACAACACUCCCGUGGUUAUGGGCUCUGCAUUGUGUGCUUUGGACGGCAAGAGACCGGAGAUCGGAGAAGAUGCUAUCAUGAAGUUAUUGGAUGCGGUUGACGAACACAUCCCAACCCCUCAAAGAGACUUGGAAAAGCCAUAUUUGAUGCCCGUGGAGGACAUUUUCUCCAUUUCAGGUAGAGGUACUGUUGUCACUGGUAGAGUUGAAAGAGGUAAUUUCAAGAAGGGUGAGGAGGUCGAAAUCGUCGGCCACUCUGCCCAGCCUUUGAAGACCACUGUGACUGGUAUUGAAAUGUUUAGAAAGGAAUUGGACAAGGCCAUGGCCGGUGACAACGCCGGUAUCUUGUUACGUGGUGUUAGAAGAGACCAGUUGAAGAGAGGUAUGGUCUUGGCCAAACCUGGCACCGUUAAGGCCCACACCAAGUUUUUGGCGUCUUUGUACAUCUUGUCCAAGGAAGAAGGUGGCAGACACUCCGGUUUCGGUGAAAACUACAGACCUCAGAUGUAUGUUCGUACUGCUGACGUCACUGUCGUCCUCAAAUUUCCAGAGGCCGUGGAAGACCACUCUAUGCAAGUCAUGCCCGGCGACAACGUGGAAAUGGAGUGCGAAUUGGUCCACCCAACUCCUCUAGAAGCCGGCCAGCGUUUCAACAUCAGAGAAGGUGGUAAGACAGUUGGUACUGGUUUGGUUACCCGUAUCAUCGAGUAA